AGGAGGAGGCUUGCGGUGUUUCGUGCGGUGCGCCGAAGUUUUGCAAAAAAUUGUUUCGUUGUUUGAAAGCCAAACCGGCAGGUCCACUGCGAUGUCUGUCACUCUCAGCUGCUCUAUAUCCGACACGUUUCCGACCGGAUAAUCCCGAGCUGGCGUUUGGAUUAAAUGCCCCUGCUGUGUUUUUGUAGGUAGACUAAUCAAUUCAUCGGAGCAGCCAGGACAGGGUUCAUUUUCUGUGGACUUCAAAGCUUUUUUUUUUUCUCCACUUGCUUCUGUGUUUUAGCGUUUGGACUUGGUCACGCGCAACCGGUGCGGCACACAGUGGACUGGACGCGGAGCCUGGAGACGCACACGUGUAUCCCUCUGCAUCCGCAUUGAUCCUUUGGAUAAAAGUUCUGUGUGGGGUUUUCACUCAAAACAGGGAGAAAAAAGUCACACAACAUGUCGCUAAGCCGAAGUAUUGAAUUUGAACACUUUGAGGAGCGAGAGAAGCCUCACCGGACACCGAGGAACAACUCGGUCUCCGGGUCUCAGUCGGGCUCCAGGGGCAACGGUCUGGUCCCCAGCCCGGCUCACAGUGCGCACUGUAGUUUCUACCGCACACGCACCCUCCAGUCCCUCACGACCGAGAAGAAAGCCAGAAAAGUGCGUUUUUAUCGCAAUGGAGACAAAUAUUUCAAAGGACUGGUGUACGCCGUGUCCAACGACAGGUUCAGGUCGUUUGAUGCUCUGCUCAUGGAACUCACAAGGUCCCUGUCGGACAAUGUCAACCUGCCUCAAGGAGUCCGGAGUUUAUACGCGUUGGAUGGAGGCAGGAGGAUCACCAGUCUGGAUGAGUUAACAGAGGGUGAGAGUUAUGUGUGUGCCUCUAAUGAACCCUUCAGACGUGUGGACUACACCAAAAACGUCAACCCCAACUGGUCAGUGGGCUGCAAGACGGGCACAUCCCGCUCCCUCUCCUCUCUCAUCCCGCUGAAGAAUGAGCUGCAGCGCGAGUCCAAGGAAUUCAUCAAACCCAAACUCGUCACAGUCAUCCGCAGUGGCGUCAAACCCCGCAAGGCAGUACGGAUACUGCUCAACAAGAAGACGGCGCACUCCUUCGAGCAGGUGCUCACCGACAUCACGGAUGCGAUCAAGUUGGACUCUGGAGCUGUGAGGAGACUGUACACUUUGGAGGGCAAGCAGAUUAUCUGCCUGCAGGACUUCUUCGGGGACGAUGACGUGUUUAUAGCGUGUGGCCCGGAGAAGCACCGAUAUGCCCAGGACGACUUUGUGUUGGAUCACAGUGGUAAGGCUUCCACAGCCUUUAUGACUGAAUGCAGAGUGCUCAAGUCGUCUCACAGCCGCUCUUCUACUCCGCACCGGACAGCUAAGAGCCCCGGACCUUCACGCCGCAGCAAGUCCCCUAGUGCAGCAAGGCAACCUGUGCACUACUCCACCAGCCAGUCUCCCAUCAAAUCUCCAGUAAACGGUGUGUCAAGCAGCCAGAUCUCAACUCCAAAGUCCACCAAGUCGUCCACUCCGUCUCCCACCAGCCCCCGCACCAACCCUAGUUUUAAGAUCCCUCCGUCACAUCACAUCUCGUCCUCAAAUGUAAAUGGCUCGUUGAACAACCACCAGGAGCAAACUAAUCGCCUGAGUCCAGAGGUUAAUGGCAACCGCUACCUGCCUGCUUCCACCAUCUUGGAAAAAUACAAGAUUGGCAAGGUCAUCGGAGACGGCAAUUUCGCUGUGGUCAAAGAGUGCGUGGAGAAGUCCACAGGAAAAGAGUUCGCACUGAAGAUCAUUGACAAGGCCAAGUGCAGUGGAAAGGAGCACCUCAUCGAGAAUGAGGUGGCGGUGCUGCGAAGGGUGAAACACCCCAACAUCAUCAUGCUGAUAGAGGAGGUGGACACUUCCUCUGAACUCUACCUGGUUAUGGAGCUCGUCAAGGGAGGGGAUUUAUUCGAUGCCAUCACCUCCUCAGCCAAAUACACGGAGAGGGAUGCCAGUAUCAUGGUGUAUAAUCUCGCUGGAGCUCUGAAGUACCUGCACAGCAUGAACAUCGUCCACAGAGACAUUAAGCCAGAGAACCUGCUGGUGUUUGAGUAUCCAGAUGGCACCAAAUCAUUGAAACUGGGAGACUUUGGCCUGGCUACAGUGGUGGAAGGACCAUUGUAUACUGUAUGUGGGACUCCUACAUAUGUGGCCCCAGAAAUCAUCUCGGAGUCUGGUUACGGUCUGAAGGUGGAUAUCUGGGCUGCAGGUGUCAUCACCUACAUCCUCCUGUGUGGCUUCCCUCCAUUCAGGAGUGAGAGUAACCUGCAGGAAGAUCUGUUCGACCAGAUCCUUCUGGGGCGACUGGACUUUCCCAGCCCUUACUGGGACAACAUCACUGACUCGGCCAAGGAGCUGAUUGGAAAGAUGCUGCAGGUUAAUGCUGAGGCUCGAUACACAGCUCAAGACAUCCUUUCCCACCCUUGGGUCACGGACGACGCGGUCAUGGAGAACAAUAUGAAGAUGGAGGUCACAGGUAAACUGAAGACGCACUUUAACACUGAGCCUAAGCACAACAACACCACAGCUGGGGUGUCCAUCAUCAUGAUCACAGCUCUUGAUAAGAAGUCUCUCCAGCUCACCAACCGUCGUCGCCCACGGCCCCAAACGGUUCCUCCGUCGGCGGCGGCAGCCAGCAAGAAACUCCCCUCGGCCCCUCCAGUCAAACCGACCUCGCCGACCAAGUCCGGAGCAGCUUCUCCAACCAAACCGGCAUCACGCGCCAAAGAACCAAAACCCGCCGCGGUGACGUCACCCACCAAACCUCGUCCCAAGGCGCCCAAGACCGCCGCGACUGCUGUGCCUGAUGCCACGCCCACCUCCACCCCUCCAUGCUCUCACUCCCUGACUGACGCUGUUAACUUCUCUCCUCCUGUGAGUUCGCUCCAUCUCUCCCCUUCACCCUCUGCUGAAACUUUCCCCAUCACCUCCGUGCCUGUAUCCUCCCCUCCUGAAAUAUCCCCCUCUCUCUCUCCUUCUGGCCCUCCUCCUCUUUUCACUCCUUCUACACCUUCCCCAUCAUCUCCAACCAAACCAGUCCCUUCCUCCUCUCCUACCAAAGAGGCAUCGACCCCAUCUUCCUCUCCCACAAAACAAGCUUCUCCUUCCCCGGUCUCCCCCGUCAAACCUGUCAUAUUCUUCCCGUUCUCCUCCCCGACCAAACAAGAACCUCCCUCCCCCUCCCCCAUCCACCCAACCCUGUUUCCCUCUCCUCCCUCUACACCCCCCAGAUCCACCACCCCUGACCCUCCCUCUCCCUCUGCGGAAGAGCUAAUGUAGAAGAUUUAAAAUGGAAAUCCUGCAACCAGUCUCCCCCGUCACUCCUUCCUGUAACAUGUAUGUGUCAGUAAACACGGGAGAAGGAGGCUAAACUCCACCCGGAGCAUUUCUAGUAGCUGUAAACUGAGCCAGUGACUGCUGUGUCCACUCUUUCCCCACUCAUUUUCAGAGACGGAGGCAUUUUCUAAGAGUUUGUCGAUUGUAUAUAUGUUUGUAUUUAUUAGUGGAAGAUGUGGAGAAAGGGAAUGAACUGAAUACAUCACUGUUCUGAGUGGUUCGUCUUUAGAAGUCAUGCAUUACUGUAUCACAUUAUGGUGAAUGCUUUUAUUUAUUUAUUAUCCCGUUAUGACUGCCUGUGGCUCUUUUGUAAAUAGUCAUUACACACACAAACCAUUAUGAACUCCUCUUACUUUAGCAGAGAUAGUAUGUCCAUAAUACAAGUAUUACAUCAUAUCAAUUGUCUGAACUUACUAGUCUAGCUACCUUGAGUGUGAUACAACUAUAACCACGGUCAGCAUUCUCUCCAACCACAGCCAUCCAACUGCAAACUUACUGUCAAAUAAUAGAUUCCUGUUAAGUGUUACUAUGCACAAUACAGUGGGUUGACAAAAUAAUGUACCAGGUUGCUUAUAAUGAGUCUACAGCAGCUUUGAAAACAUGCAUUUCAAGUUGAUAAUCGGACCUGUUCAAGCUGACACAAGUGUCCAAAUUCUCAACUUUUUGGCUUGAGCCCUUAAACGCAUGAUUCACAAGGGUUAAACAGUGUGUCAUCUACUUGUAACUCUUUGGUUUAAAAUGACCAACAUGCAUAGAAAUAAAGGUUAACAAAGAAUUAAAGUAUUUACUUAAAAUGCAUUUAGGAACCUGGCAAUAUAAAAUUACCUGUUCAACCAGGAACAAAAAGCAAACAUAAACAAAAAAUCUGAAAAUCUGUUAUUCAUUUAAACAGACAGUUCAACUGCAGACAGUUUUGAGUUACUUUGCUGAGGUUAUGAGUAGGGUUGCAAAGGGGUGGAAACUUUCCAUGGGAAGUUAAGCUGGGGAAUAUUGGAAAUAUUCCAAAUUGGAAACUUUCUAUUGGAAUUACGGAAAUGUAUGGGAAUUAACUGGAAAUUGGGGGUAAUUUAAACAAAGUGUAUCAUAUCCAAACAAAUAUAAACAUUUUGUUUUGUAAAAAUGUUUAUAAUAUUAAAAAAAACAUUUCAAUAGAUUUAUUUGUAUGUCGAACUUUAGCAUAUUAUUUAUUUUUUAUUCAACACUCAAUUCUUUCAUUGAACAACAAAAACAUGAAUGUUGAGUUAAAUAUUACUCACUAACCCUAACCCCACCCAUUCAAAAAAAAAAAAUUUGUUUGGGUAUAAGCAGAAAUCUCAGAAAUAUAUUUCUAAAUCUGAGCAAAUAAAGCAUACAUCCAAAGUUUGCAUGCCCAGAAACUCUUAAUUUGGGUGAACUGAACAUUUAACAUGACUUCUCAGCCUGUUUUUGUAAUUUCUGAUUCAGUUUGGUAGAUUAUUUUGUGAACCCACUGUAACUGACAGACCUGCUGUCACAUUCAUCCACAUACUGUCUGUGUGUUUUAUUUGAUGUGAACACUGUAGUUGUACAAAGUGUGAACAACCUUAGCUGUCCACCUGAAACUUGAAGGUUUGUUAUUGCCUGUGUGUGUGCAGUCAUAAAUAACUGCUGUACAUAAAAAUAAGAGAAAUAGAUCCAACAGACAUGAAACCAGAUUGCAGGUUUGUUUAUAAUGAACUGGGAUUUUCUAAUCUGAACUGCUUUCUGCUUCAACUUCGCAGAAAAGACACAUUGUUAACUCAUCUUACAGUUGAUAUAAUUACCACUAACAAUGCUUCACUCUACUUUAAAAUACUCAAGCAAUGGUUUCUGAUCUGUUGGAUUUAUAUGAAUGAAUGUGUUGUUGAGGUGACGGGUUUGUGCCUGACCACUAGCUAACAGCUCGUAACUUAAUGAUGCCUUUAUCAAAA